GGCGAUGGUCCUGCCCGCGGGGGACCGGCCGGGGGCCGACGCGACCCAGGCCCUGGGCGCGCUGUGGGACUACCGCGUCUACGCGCGUCGCUGGGUCUUUCUGCUGGUGCUCAGCCUUCUCAGCUUCUCCAACGCCACGAUCGUUACGGAGCAAGCAGGACUCUCAUCGGGAAUUAUGGUCCCUGCUCUGGUCACCACGAUAAACACCGACCAUGAGGCUAACCCCAGCCAUGUCCCCUCGUGGACUUGUCUGCAGCCAGCUGUGGCUCAGCUUCGCACCCGUGGCCGACAUGAUUGCCCACCACUUCCUCCUCUCCACCGAGCAGAUCAACUGGCUUUCGCGAGUCUACCUCGUGGUGUCCAUCCCGUCCGGCGUGGUGGCCAUCUGGGUUCUGGAUUCUGUUGGGCUCCGCUGGGCAACCAUCGUGUGCGCAUGGCUGAACUUUGCCGGGAGUGUGUUCCGAACCUUGCCCUUCAUGGUCGGCGGGAUCCAGGACCCAUUUGCCUUCCUCAUGGGUGGGCAGAGCCUCUGUGCCCUGGCCCAGACCCUGGUCAUCUUCUCUCCGGCCAAGCUGGCUGCCUUGUGGUUCCCCGAGCACCAGCGAGCCACGGCCAACAUGAUUGGCACCAUGUCAAACCCCCUGGGCAUCCUGGUGGCCAACCUGCUGUCACCUGCCCUGGUGAAGAAGGAGGAGGACAUCCCCAUGAUGCUGGGCAUCUAUAUCAUCCCUGCCGGCAUCACCUGCCUGCUGGCCACCGCCUGCCUCUUGGAGAGCGUGCCCCCCACCCCACCCUCCGCCAGGGCCAUCCACUCCACCUCAGAGAAGUUCCUGGAUGGGCUGAAGCUGCUCUUGUGUAACAGAGCCUAUGUCGUCCUGGCCGUGUGUUUCGGGGGCGGCAUCGGCAUCUUCUCCAGCUUCUCGGCCCUCCUGGAGCAGGUCCUUUGUGUGAGGGGCUACUCCAACGAAUUUAUAGGCCUUUGCGGGGCUCUCUUCAUUGUGUUUGGGGUCCUGGGGGCCCUGGUUCUCAGCCUGUAUGUGGACCGGACCAAGCUCUUCACCGAAGCUGUCAAGAUUGGCUUCUGUCUGACCUCCGUGGUCUGUGUGGCCUUUGCUCUGGUGUCUCAGCUGCAGGGACAGACCCUCGCGCUGGCUGCCAUCUGCUCACUGCUUGGCCUCUUUGGUUUCGCGGUGGCACCCAUUGCCAUGGAGCUGGCCGUUGAGUGCUCCUUCCCUGUGGGUGAGGGUGCGGCUGCGGGCCUGAUCUUCGUGCUGGGGCAGGCCGAGGGCGUGCUCAUCAUGGUCCUGCUGACUGCCCUGACCGUGCGCCGUGCGGAGCCGUCUGUCUCCACCUGCCAGGAUGGCCAGGGCCCACUGGACUGGCAGGUGUCCAUGCUGCUGAUGGCUGGCCUCUGCACCCUCUUCAGCUGCUUCCUGGUUCUCUUCUUCCACACACCAUACCGGCGCCUCCAGGCUGAGGCCAGUGCGAGCUGCUCCAUCCAGGAGGACAUGUCCCCUGUGACCGUGGACCGCGAACCCCACCCGGCAGCCACCCCCUGAGGCAUCCACACGACCUCCGGCACUGGCGCCCUAGGAAGCUCGGGGCCACUCAUCCCUAGAGCUGUUCUCCUGGCCCCGCCUUCUUGUUCCUGGGAGCCCUGAGCCCCUGGAACCCUCAGGACUUGCAGAGAUGUCACAAGGGUCCCUGACGAGAUCUGGAAGCUAAGAGAGCAGUUAGCGCAUCAAGAAGUGGUUCUGGGGACAUGAAGGGGAGGCCAGGAGAGACAGGCUUUGGUCACAGGGUGACAGCUUCAUGCAGGUGCCGGAGGGACUUGGGGCAAGGCAGGGUGGCCCAGAGAGGACCCUGUGGCUGUGGCAAGAACUGCUGGUGCCGUGCGACAAGCAGACACCCCAGUGGCCAGGCCAGACCCAGGGUGGCUGGUGCUGGAGCAGCGUAUGGGAGUGGACCUAGCAAGAGAGACAAGAGCCGAGGGGGACAUGGAGGGAUUGGGGGCCCUGGGGGCCCCUAGCAUGACCGAGUCUGGAGUCGACUGUUGUGAGAAAGGCCGUGUUUGGGGGAUCCCAACCCGUAGCUUUACUCAACCUCUGCUGACCACUGAGUGGCCUAAUGCCCUGGGAUGAGUGCUAGCACAGCGGGGGGGGGGGGGGGGGGGCAGGCUGGGUGGGGAGGGGAAGCAGAGGGAGGACCCCACAGGCAGAUGCUCCCACCCCAGCAGGCGCUUCCCCUCCAGACUCUCCUAGUUCCAAGCAAACACUCCCACCCACAGUGGACCCUCCCCACACUCUCCCUGCCAAGGCAGACACUUCCCCCACCCAGGCGGAAGUUCCCCACCUGCAGACUGUCCCACCCCCAGGUGACUCGUCCUCCUCUCCCUCUGCAGACACUGGCAGGCAGGUUUGUGGGUUCAUGUUUAUUGAACUGGCUGCAGCCCAGGUGGGGACGGGGCCAUGCCCCUCACUCCUCCUUCUCCUCCCCGUGGGUGAGCACGUAGCUCAGUGCCUUGUAGUCCAGGUUGCCUGCAGCAUCGAUGGUGGCAAACUGGAACAUCUGGUCAACCUGCAAGCCCGGGUGGUGUGGGGGCGGGUCAGGCCCAGGGAAGAGGCGAAGGAGCAAAAAGGUCCUCGGAAUUACAGGCAACUCACUCCAGCCAGCUCCCAGUGUUGUUUUUGCUUAUGGGGAGCCAGGGGUGGGACCAGGGCCCAGCCACUGGGUGUCCUGCCCACCCUGAUGGUGCAGCUUCUGGAGGCCCAGGGAGUAUCCCCCCUGGAGCCCAGAGGGCCGCACUGGAGCUGCACGGAGGGCCAUGGGGGAGGGGGUGGGGCGGGGGCGGAGUGGACCGUUACCUCUUCAGCGGUCAUCUUGUCUGCCUGAGACAUCAACAGCCGCUUGAUGCUGAGGACAAGGAGGGAGAAGCCAAAUUAGGCUGCUCUGAAGAAAGGGACCAUCAGCAGAAGAACCAGAGGGGUGGCCCCAGGGGAGCCCCGUGACUUGGCUCUUCUGUGUGGGAUGCCUCAAGGGGGGGACGCUCACCCUCUAGUCCCACCCACUCACAGCGCAGGUGUCUUUUGGAAGCCUGGCUCUAGGGGGAGUCCUAGGCACCGGGGAGUGGUCACUGGGAGUCCUUCCUGACACUCGGGUCACUACCCCUUGUGGGGGCUCCAUCUGCAGGGAGGAGACUGAGGAGGGAUUAGAGGCGAGUGCCUGGCACACCAAAUGUGCCCACUCCCAGUGCUUGGCUGAUGUAGCCCUCAAAGGGGGUUGAAGACCCAGUGAUCGUACAAGUGGCAUGACCAGCUGGGUUACUGGGUGCCCUGGCCUUGGUGUGGGUAGGACUGGUUUUGCCCUCAGUUACCCUGAGGGACUUGGGACCUUGGGACAGGCAGCCCAACACCUGGACCCUGGGGCGGGGUGGGGGGGGGGCUUGGCGCCCCUCAGGAGAGAUGCCCAGGCUGGGGGGGAGGGGCUUGGUGCCCCUCAGGGGAGACACCCAGGCGUUUGUGACCAAACUCACUAGUCCUUGUUGAUGCUGCCUUUGCCUUCAGGAUCCAGCAUCUUGAAGGCAUUCAGGAUGGUCUCUUCGGCAUCCGUACCUGCCCACAAAAGGCCUUGAACCAGGGGCUUUUAGGGCUCCAGUCCUGCUCCGGGCCAUCCCAGAGCCUUCCCACCUCCAGCUCCUGAGCGCCUGGGAGACUCUGCAGCUCCCACCCUGAGGGGACUGUUCUGGGGUCCCUGGAGUUCUACCCACCCUGAGGGGACUUUUCUGGGGUCCCUGGAGUUCUACCCACCCUGAGGGGACUGUUCUGGGGGUCCCCGGAGUUCUACCCAGGCCCAGAGGUGGAGCGAGUGCUCAGCGAGUGAGGGACAGAGGCUGUCGCCAGUAGGCAGAGGGGAGGUAGGCUGGGCGUGUGGCCCACAGAUGUGGGUACCAGAAUGCUAGGCUUUUCAUCAAAUUGGAACAUUUGGAUUUUUAUGUGAAAUGCCUGGGUUUGUAAGUGUUAGGAGCUAACGAAAUACAGAUGGCUUUGGCAGACUGGCCUGAAGGCUGCCCCUGGCCAGGGAGAAGCCUGGCUCCAUGGUGCUCCCCACCCCAUGGUUCUCACCCGUCAGCUUCGCCCCAAACAUAUUCAGGAACAUGGUGAAGUUGAUGGGUCCCGAGGCCUCCUUGAGCAUGGCAUCCAACUCAUCAUCCUUGACGUUGGUUUUGCCUGUCGCCAAUACAAGACCGGGGACGCUGGGUAGGAAUGUCACACUCACCCUGGCUGUUCUUGUUGUUGAUGUGUCUGCUGUCCCCACUGGCCUCCCAACUCCAUCAUUCUCCAGGUGACCCCAGAAUCAAGUUGGGGAGACCAUAAGGAGGGCAGUGAGCAGAUGGGGGGGACACUUGGCCCAAGGGUGGUGGGGUACAGGUUCUGCACGUCAGCAUAACCCCAAAACCUGAGCCCCGGGGAGAUGGACUGUUGAGGAGGAGGAAGAGGCCACGCAUGGGGUCCAGGGAGACUGUGAUCUUACCUGGGUGUAAGGGGGCCCAGAGGAAAGAAACCUACCUGUCCUCCCCUGGGACUGCCUCAGGCUGAGAACAUGGCCCCAGAUGGGAAGUUGAGGGGGAAAGGGCCAGUCUUUGGCUCUUUAGAGGAGCAUAAGUUGGCUCCACAUUCUCUCCCGGGUCUGUUUCUGGGCUUCCUUAGCAUGCCUGGGGGCAGGAGGGCAAGCCUCCCCAUGCAGUGGUGUCCCUCUGGGAGGUUGGCCCUUCCCUGGAGCUUUGGUCCCAACCCCCCCAUCCAUGAUGCCUGUGCUUGGGCAUCUAGUGAUGCCCUGGCCAAACCAGAGAGGGAUUUCUCCCCCAGGGGAGACCCGGCCCACCUCCUCAUGGCCCAUGGGACGUGGGAUGUCAGGUCAGGCUGUAGGGCCCAAGUGUAGAGCAAGGCUCUCCAGGGCUGGAGGACAUUCUGAGGUGGGGUGUGGCGGGGUUCUGCCCCACGGCACAUACCCAGGGAGGCAUAGGUGUCCUUCAGAUCCUCCUUGUCAAUAAAGCCAUCUCGGUUCUGA